GUGUAAAAUAAAUUCGUGCUAAGCUACUAUAUAUAAAUUUUUUUUCGGCUUGAGUUUUGAUUUUGUAUUACCAUAAAAUUGCUGGCAUGAAGCCUACUCAGUCCGGUGGUAGUGGUACCAGUGCCGGGAAAAUGGGUGAACCCAUCGAGUAUGUUACCCUUAUUAGCGAUGACUCCGACGGAGAGCCGUCCCCCAAACGAAAUAAUUCUGUGGGUGGUAGCCAAGCCGCUAGCCAAACUAAGGCAAAAUUUGACGACGAUUCCAAUGACACACCUGCCACCAGUGACGAGCGACGCACCAGCAGGCGUAACAAGCCCAAGGUCGACUACACAAAUAAACCGGCAACUGUGAGUGCAGAAAAUACAACCUAUGACAAAUGUAGCUCGGGUUCUUCGGGUAGCAGCACUGGCCCAUCAGAUAAACGUAGUCAAGCUCAGGCGGAACAACGUGCCCGCAAGUCGGAGACUGCAGUUAAUCAAAGCGGAGGCAGUGGAACACGCAACGCUUUGUCAAAGGAUACGAAUGGAACCAAUGGCGAAGCACGUGACAAUAGCACACCCACGGUACUCUCAGGCCAGGAAGGUGCCGUCUUUCAGUCGCGCCUGCCCUUUAGCAAAAUGACACCCAACGAGGAGGCGUGCUUUCCUGACAUAAGCUGCUCAGGUAUACUCGGGCAUCGAGUUUUUCUUAACAUACGCAACAGUUUGCUGCACAUGUGGGUAGAUAAUCCCAAGACGCAGUUGACUUUUGACAGUGCGCUCAAAAGACUGCCGCCGCCCUUCGACAGUGACCCGAAUUUGGUGAGACGAGUGCAUUCGUUCCUGGAGCGGCACGGCUUCAUCAAUUUUGGCAUUUUUAAGCGGCUAUCGCCAAUACCCAGUAAAAAGCUUGGCAAGGUAAUAGUAAUUGGCGCAGGAAUUUCUGGACUGGCCGUAGGGCAACAGUUGCAACAAUUUGGCAUGGAUGUCAUUGUGCUGGAAGCAAGAGAUCGAGUUGGCGGCCGCAUUGCCACCUUUCGCAAAAAUAGUUACAUUGCCGAUCUCGGCGCCAUGGUGGUCACGGGCGUCUACGGUAAUCCCAUGACCAUUCUGAGCAAACAGAUUGGCAUGGAUCUUGUGCCAAUCCAGCAGACAUGUCCGUUGUACGGUCCCGAUGGAAAACCGGUGCCAAAAGAAAAAGAUGACGUCAUCGAGCGUGAGUUCAAUCGCCUACUUGAGUCGGCAAGCUAUUUGUCGCAUCGCCUGGACUUUAAUUACGCCGGUAACAACCCAGUUUCAUUAGGCGAUGCUCUUGAGUGGAUCAUUAAUAUGCAAGAUAAAGCUGUGCAAGAGAAGCGUGCUGCCCAUAUGCACGAGAUUAUUGCCGCACAAACCAAAAUCAUUGAACAUCGAAAGCGGCUAAAGGCAACAUUGCAGAAGAUUGCUACGCUUAAAGCUGAACUUCAAAGUUUAGUUAGACAACGGCAGCCCAGAAGCGCACACAAUGAAAAUAGUUAUGCAUCCCAGGAGUACACGAUUCGCACCACGCAAAUUAAGCUGGAGGACAUGAUCAAUGCCGAAGCGGAGCAACGCAUUGAGGGCCACAAAAUGGACCUCAAACUACAAGAGAUAGAACAAAACGGACCGAGCCAGGUAUAUCUAUCCUCACGGGAUCGCCUCAUACUUGACUGGCAUUUUGCCAAUCUCGAGUUUGCUAAUGCCACCCGCCUGGACAACUUGUCGCUAAAGCAUUGGGACCAGGACGAUGACUUUGAGUUCAUUGGACAUCACACGACAGUGCGUAAUGGCUAUUCCUGUGUACCUGUUGCGCUUACCGAGAACAUAGACAUACGUCUAAACAGUGCGGUAAAGGAAAUAAAGUACACCAACAAAGGAGUAGAGAUUGUGGCUGAAAAUCUAAAAACUUCUAACUCGCUUAUGACGUACAAAGCCGACUUGGCUGUCUGUACGCUUACGCUGGGUGUCUUAAAGGUAGCCGUCACACAGGAAGAAUCACAGCAUGCCAACACAGUUAAAUUCGAUCCCCCGCUGCCAGACUGGAAACAGCAAGCGAUACGUCGGUUGGGAUUUGGUAAUCUCAACAAGGUAGUACUAUGCUUCGAUCGUAUAUUCUGGGAUCCCAAUGCUAAUCUCUUUGGCCAUGUGGGAAGUACGACAGCCAGUCGUGGCGAAAUGUUUCUUUUCUGGAGCAUCAGCUCGUCACCCGUUUUGCUGGCCCUGGUCGCUGGCAUGGCUGCCAAUAUUGUAGAGAGCGUAACAGAUGACAUCAUUAUCGGACGCUGUAUGUCUGUGCUGAAGAACAUCUUUGGCAAUACUUCUGUGCCACAGCCCAAAGAAACGGUCGUCACUCGCUGGCGCAGCGAUCAGUGGGCCCGUGGUUCAUAUAGUUAUGUCUCUGUGGGUUCUUCUGGCAGCGACUAUGAUCUUCUCGCCGCACCGGUCAUCCCGCCUACAAGUUGUGAUCCACAUUUCAGCAAAGACGCCGAAGAACUGCCACGGCUUUUCUUUGCCGGCGAGCACACAAUUCGUAACUAUCCGGCAACUGUUCACGGCGCGUAUUUAAGUGGGCUGCGUGAGGCUGGGCGCAUUGCUGAUUAUUAUUUAGGCUAUCCGGAAGGUACACCACCGGACAUUGGCUACUCAGUCACAGAAGCUGCUAAUUCGGUUUCAGUGGGCAAUGUGGUAAAGCUGCGUGAUUUGUCCCCACAUCUAUCCGAUUCGCCCGUGUCCAAAAAGUCUGAGGAGAAUUCAAACAUUGCCGAUUCAACAGAUGUGCAGUAAUUUUUGUAUUUUUUUAUUUAACGUUGAG